UUCAAUUUCUAGUGCCCGUCUGCUGUGUUAUUACCUUUCUUAGCAGCAGCCGGAUAGACUUGGAAAACGUUACAAGCAUAAAUUGGUCCAAGUGACUGACCUUGACCCGCAGUGAAACAUGAGCCGAUCGGCGCCGGUCAGCACGCGAUGCUACCAGCUGUUUCGUGCUUUGCGUUGUGUGCUGUAGGCUGCUCGUGUGCGCUGCUAGGUGAACAUGGAUCUCGAGGGAGCGUUUCAUGGAACUUCGAUUUUCCGCACAUAGCCGGGGUAUAUUGAUCAUACACCAGCCACUUAAGGUCUGUUGCCCGACUGUUGUAACUCUCGCGGAGUAUCUGUCAGCAGUUUGUAAUUACGGUUAUUUUCUCUGACGCUAAUUGGGCAUUCGUUUAAUCACUCGCGGAAAUUUUUCGUGUACGAAGCGCGUGUUCGUACAUUUCUUUUCCGGCAAUCCUAUUUUGUUUCUGCCUGCAUUAAUUCAGUUGGCAGGAUGGUACCGCUGCUUCUGUAAUAUCGAUCACUGCUUCAACUACUAAGUCACGGGCACACAGUGGUCUGCGGACAUCCGUACGCAGGUGCUCCUCCGGCUGCUUAAACCAGUUCUCCCAGCACAUACGGAAUUCCAUCAAAACCGAAGAAGGAAAAAAGAAAAAGUAGCCGCACAUUUGUUUUUGUUCUUUGCUUGCCGGGAGCCGCAAAGGGAAAAGUCGCGCGACGAGCGCCCGUUGGGCACGUGACUUAAUCACCCCAGCGAUUGGCUUGACGAUUGGGCUUUACGACUGACGUCAGCACGCGUCACAGCGAGGGAGAGGGUGUGGGGUAUUUGAGUUCAGUCGCGGUUUCUGUGACCUCUCAGAACACGAUUGAACUAUUUCCGCGAGGAGGAGCUCCCCACCCCUUCCGAUCAGAAAGCAAAACUGUUGCGUCGCGAUCACUCUCACCUUGGUUCUUCGUUCCGUCGGCGCGGAUUGUUGAGCGGAGAAGCGCACCCUUGGAUAUAACAUGGUUGUUGCGGAGUUCGAACAAUUCACACAUCCAAAGAACAUUGGAAGCUUCCCAGACUAUGUUAAAGUGGUUGAAGUGGGCGCCAGGGAUGGCCUUCAGAAUGAGAAGGAGAUAGUGCCAACGAAUACGAAGAUUGAACUUAUCAACAGGCUGGCGAGUUCGGGUCUCCCUGUUGUGGAAGCGACAAGCUUCGUUUCACCCAAGUGGGUCCCUCAGAUGGCAGACCACUCGGAGGUGCUGAGGGGCAUUGAGAAGCACAAGGGUGUCAGCUAUCCGGUUCUUGUGCCCAACAUGAAGGGCUUCAAAGAAGCGCUUGCUGCUGGGGCCAAGGAAAUUGCCGUGUUCGGAGCUGCGUCUGAAACAUUCACACAGAAGAACAUCAACUGCAGCAUAGAAGAGAGCAUCAAGAAGUUCUAUGAUGUCAUCGAGGCCGCGAAAGCAAACGACAUUAAAGUCAGAGGAUACGUGUCGUGUGUGGUGGGCUGCCCGUACGAGGGCGCCACGUCACCUGACGUGGUGGCCAAGGUGGCUGGCAUGCUGUACCGGGCAGGCUGCUAUGAGAUUUCCUUGGGGGAUACCAUCGGCGUCGGCACGCCGGGAACCAUGCGGCCAAUGUUGCAGGCGGUGCUCAAGGAGGUCCCAGCAAGCGCUCUGGCCGUCCACUGUCACGACACUUACGGCCAGGCGCUGGCCAACAUCCUGACUGCCUUGGCCAUGGGCGUGGCCGUGGUGGACAGCUCUGUGGCGGGCCUCGGUGGCUGCCCCUACGCACGUGGCGCGACGGGAAACGUUGCCACCGAGGAGGUCCUGUACAUGCUGCACGGAAUGGGCAUACCCACGGGUGUUGACCUUCAAAAGGUGAUCAGCGUGGGUGACUUCAUCUGCAAGGCGCUCAACAGGCCAAACAAUUCCAAGGUGUCGCGAGCCCUGAGCAGGCUCUGAGUCACACGUGUAGCCAGUCUUCACCGCUUCAUUCCGGAAGCCAAAGCCCCAUCACUCCCAUCGUCAUCAUCACUGCCCAAUGUUGGUCACGUUGGCUCCUCCCUGGCUCCUGUCGGCACAUUGCUGACUUGGCUUGGAAGGUGGCUCACCACUAUAGUCAUUGUUUUCGUACCGACCUCAGCAAUGUUUUUUUUUCUGAUGGCCUUGUAUUUAAGAACCUCAUUAUUGAGCAGUUCACGUAGUCACCGCAGAUGCUUUGCGCGUAUUUAUUUUCACGCAGUACCUUAUCGCUUAGGUUAAUUAUAUGUACAGUUUCAUCGUAUACUUCACUUGUGCCAUUUCUUUUGACACAUCUGUGUUACUGUGCUGUUUUGCAUAUUCAAAGCAGCUUUUGUGGUCUGGGUCAACACACGGUCACCAGGAUAGUUGAAGACCUCUGAUCAUUACUAUUUCUUUGUAACUUAUGAAAUUAAAUUAACUCGAGUUUGGUGCUAGUGAGAUGUGUUAGCUUAUAGAUUUUACGUUGAUACAUAGGGAAGACAAUGAAGCCUGUUACCAGAAUGUUGUACACAUGAACAUUGCACUGGAAAUAAUUCAUUAAAGUUUAUUUGAUGCAACUUGUUUCUUUCAGUACAGCCUGAUGGAUUAUUUUAUAUAUGAGCUGUAAAUCAUUGCCUUUGUUCACUGGAUGCAUGCAUUCUGUGGCUUUCUUUGUUGGUGUCAGUGCAAAUGUAACGGGAAUUGCCUGUGUCAAGCUUCGUGUUGUGAAAUUUUGUCAUUUUCCAGUUGAAGGCCAAAAGUUUCUCAGAUUGUGCACUGUGAUAGUGGCAUAAGAAAACACACAUUUCCAGCAGGGAUAUCCUUUACUGUUCCUUAAGAAAUGUUUCAUGAUGUUAUUUUUUCUUGCAUCUUUUUUUUUUUUGUGAGCAUACACAUUCAAGGACAGCAUCCAUGCUUUGACAAUCAAGCUGCCUGUACCUUCUGUAUAGAGCUUUAUUAUAUAAGCUUCAAAAUGCAGUUGUUUACAAAUAAAAUUUGUUGCUACAAAG